ACACGGAACAAAUAUCUUGUUUCUUCUUCAUCUUCUUUAAAUACCUCUCUCCGUCUUUUCUCUUUCUAAAACACUACCCAAUAAUCAACUGAUACGAAGCAAUAACUUAGAAAACGAUGUCGUGUUCCGUCGCGGUUUCCAAUUCUCCCGUAUUCUCGCCUUCCUCAUCUCUCUUCUGCAACAAUAAAACUCCUGCGUUAAUUUCUCCGUCGCCGGCAGAAACACUAACCCUAACGCUUACCCAUUUAAAAGCAUCGCAGGCUCCAUCAUCCUCUUCUUCUCCAUCAUCUCCUUGCUCUCCUUUACGCCUUCGGCUUCAGAAGCCACCCUCUGCCCUCCCUUUUUCUACUUUCGCUUCCACUUCCACUUUGUCACAAUCGGCAUCGGGAACGGUGUUGAAGAGGAAAAGGCCGACGAGGCUUGAUAUUCCGGUUACGGCAUUUGGGUUUCGAGAUCCUAUGACACCGGCGGUUGAGAAAGCGGAGAUGGAGAGAGAUGGGUCUGUAUAUUCCGUAUGUUGUAAAAGAGGGAGGAGAGAGGCUAUGGAGGAUCGCUUCUCUGCUGUUCUUGAUCUUCAAGGAGAUACCAAGCAGGCUUUCUUUGGUAUUUUUGAUGGGCAUGGAGGUCCCAAAGCUGCUGAGUAUGCAUCAAAACACUUAGAUAAGAAUAUUGUACAAGAAAUUGACAAGAGGGGUGAAGAUGAAAUUGAUGAUGCAGUAAAACAUGGCUAUUUGAACACGGAUUCUCAGUUUCUAAAGGAGGAUUUGCGAGGUGGCUCAUGUUGUGCAACAGCUUUGUUCAGGAACGGAAAUCUUGUUGUAUCCAAUGUUGGUGAUUGUCGUGCUGUAGUGAGCACAAGAGGUGUUGCUGAGGCCCUAACAUCUGAUCAACGCCCUUCUAGGGAAGAUGAGAAGAAAAGAAUCGAGAAUUUGGGUGGAUAUGUUGAUUUGAUCCACGGUGUUUGGAGAAUACAGGGAUCCUUGGCUGUAUCCAGGAGCAUUGGAGAUGGGCAUCUUAAGCAGUGGGUAAUUGCUGAGCCUGAGACAAAAAUUAUAAAGAUCAAGCAUGAGCAUGAGUUCUUGAUACUAGCUUCUGAUGGCUUAUGGGACAAGGUUGGUAAUCAGGAAGCAGUAGACAUUGCUCGCCCAUUUUGCACAGGAGUUGAAAGGCCAGAACCAUUAGCUGCAUGUAAAAAACUUGUGGAUCUGUCAGCUUCUCGAGGUGCCACCGAUGAUAUUAGUGUGAUGCUGAUCCAGAUGAAUUGCUACAUCUAACUAUGAUGCUGAUCCAGCUGUGACAUUUGUUUAUUCAUUCUGAUCUAGUGCUAGUUUUUUACUAUUUUCUGGGGUUUUUUUCCCACAAGAGAAAUAGACAGAUUCAUUCAUUCAUUUGUUCUUUUUAGAUUUAUAAUUUUUUAUAUAACUACGAAAAUAAUGACUUGUAAAUGACAUUACAUAAAAAUGAAAUUUCUAGAAUUAGAUUUGCUGA